GUAUAUUGUCACAUGACAGAUAUCCCAGGAUGUGGCGCUGGAGGUUGGACGCUAGUGAUGAAACUUAAUGGGACUAAGAAUACAUUUUUGUAUCUUUCUUCCCUGUGGACAAACAAAGAGACAUACGCAGCACAAGAUGGUCUGGAAGGAUUGACAGAGAAAGAAAGCAAGUUGGCUUCGUAUUGGAAUACUCCGUUCACAAAGAUUUGCCUGGGUAUGUCGUAUAAGAAUACGAGAAAAUGGAUGACCUUCGACUACACCGCAACUUCGCUGUACAGUGUGAUCGCGGACGGACAAUUCAGGGCAACGACCGCUGGUAGAGCAGCAUGGAAAUCCCUGAUCGUGGACUCGUCACUUCAGAAAAACUGCAACAGAGAAGGGUUUAAUGUACUUUCCAAAAUGCGAAUUGGACUUUUUGCCAAUAACGAGAACGAUUGCCGUACGUGUGAUUCUUGGAUUGGCUAUGGAACACAGAUCAAUGAAAAGAUUUGUGGAAAUGUUUAUUGGAGGAAUCACGAUUUGACGUUUGGAUACAUUCUCGUUCAAUGA